CUCUGAGGCCCCCCUCGUCGUCCCCCUCUGCGGCUCCACGUCGUCAGCGCACCGCGUCGGUGGCGUGCGUAACCCAUCGCGUCAGGUCAGCCUCGUCGUCGUCUUGGCAGGGGGCGCCAGGUGGCCAUGACGCUGGCGAACCUCGCGAGCGUGUACUUCAAGCUAGGCGACCAUGUCAGGCAGAGGUCGCUCCUGGAGAGGGCACUGGCCGUCGAGGAGAGGUGCUACGGUGACGCCCACCCGGAGGUCGCGAUGACACUCGCGAACCUCGGGGUCGCGUGCGGCGAGCUGGGGGACCACUGCCGGGAGAGGGAGCUGCUGGAGAGGGCCCUGGAGAUCCAGGAGCGUGCCUACGGCCCUGAUCACCACGCCGUGGGCACCACGCUCGCCAACCUGGGCAACGCCCACGGCCGGCUCGGAGACCCUGGCCGGCAGAGGGAGCUCCUGGAGCGCGCGCUGGGCAUCCUGCAGGCGUUCCACGGCCCGGAACACCCGGGCGUGGCCACGAUCCUGACGAACCUCGGCAUCGCCCACGGCCAGCUGGGCGACGCCCCCCGGCGCGAGGAACUGCUGCAGAGGGCGCUCCGGAUCCAGGCGGGCAGUCACGGCUACGACCGCCACGCCGUCGAGACGACCAAGUUCAACCUGGCCCACUCGAUGUUCGCCCAGGGCAAGAAGGACGGAGCCGUCGCGCUGAUGCAGGGCGUGUGCAACGACUCGCACAGCGCCCUGGGCCAGGAGCACCCGCUCACCCACAGCGCGCGCCUGGCGCUGUCCCGCUUCUUCGGCGGCUCCGCAGCCAGGCGCGACUCGGGUGCAUCGGGCAGCCUGCGGUGACGCCCGCGGCCUCCCGUGAGGCCGCCGGCGCGCCCGCCGACGGCCCCACGGCGCGGCAGCGUGCGCGCGCAGGGCGCGCGCGGG